GCAGCAUCUCCUGAGGACAGAUUAUUUUGGGGAUACGACGUAUAUAUGUCUAUAUACCUUUAAGAAGAAUCCUGCCUCUCAUCUCCAGAAAUGCUAACCAUCAAGUUGCCUCAAAUCUUCAGAAUCCAUCAAGUCCCUCGGAUUUUCUGGGAAGAAGGUAUCAUAUCGGGGUACCGACACCCCAAAAGUUCUGCGUUGGAUUGCGUCCUCAGCUCCUUCCAACUGAACAACGAAACCGUCAAUAUUUGGACUCACUUCCUUCCAACUUGGUAUUUCUUAUGGCGGUUUGUGAUGCUCUCUUAUCGCCUGGACCUAUGGGCCGACACCUACAGCUGGCCAUUCCUGGCCUACAUGUCUCUGGUCUGCCUCUAUCCCUUCACGUCCAGCUGUGCUCACACCUUCAGCACCAUGUCCACCCAUGCGCGACACAUCUGCUAUUUCUUGGACUACAAUGCCCUCAGCCUCUAUAGUUUGGGGUGUGCAUUCACAUAUGGCGCCUACGCGAUGCCGGAUCGUUGGGUCAACAGCCUUGGGCACCACUACUUUGUCCCCAUGGCUGCCAUAAACUCUUUGAUCUGCACCAGCCUUUCUUGCUAUUCUCGGUUCCUGGAGCUGGAGUGGCCCCGCUGGAGCAAGGCUGCACGGAUGGCCGCUUUCGUCUACCCGUUCUUCUUCGACAACAUCCCGCUCUUCUUCAGGCUUUUGUUCUGUUUCGGCGAGGAUUGUACGUGGAACGACUCCGUGGCCAGCUAUUUCUACCACCUUUUCUUUGCUCUGCUUACCGGCUUCCUGUUUGCGUCGCAUCUGCCGGAACGCCUGGCCCCCGGUCGCUUCGAUUUCAUCGGCCACAGCCACCAGCUGUUCCACAUCUGUGCCGUGGUGGGCACCCAUUUCCAGUUGGAAGCCAUCCUGGGCGACCUGAACUCUCGGCGGACAUGGCUGAGCACCCACACCCCGCCGGGCAUGUUCACCCAUACCUUCGCCAUUCUGGGUGCCACCAUGCUGGGCAACCUUGCCCUGUUUUCUGCUUUUGCCAUGGCCCUCUUCCGCUUGCCAGCUUCCAUCCGGAUCCUGCAGGGCGGCCUCCCCGAGUCGGAGGGCGCCAAGGAGAAGUAG